UCCGAUAAGAGUGACACGUUUUUUUUAUCUACGCUAUUAUUAGGCUAGUGGUAUAUAAAAUUAUUGAUUAUUGACUUGAAUUUGCAAAGCAGAAGCGUCAGAGUGAAAAUGCAAACAGUUAAAGUAUAAACAUAUAGGUUUUCCAUGUUGAAGAAAACUGACCGAAAUACGCAACACCCUGACUCCACUCCGGCAACUCACGUAGUACCUCUCUGAUUGACUGGCGCUGUACAUUUUUAAAUACAUGUAUUUGGCCGGAUUAAGAUGGAGGAAGAUAAGAAGAUAGUAGCGAGUGAGACGGUGACAUACGUCUUCGGUAGUGCCAACGAUCAGGACAUGAUAAAGGAUACAGCACCGACUCGUGGACUAUUAUGGCAGGUUGUACCCUGCACUUGCGAUUAUUCCAAAUCCUUGGAUACUAUCAAUCAUGAAAGCAGUGUUACACUAUAUUGGAAGUUCACUCGAAGCAUUCUGCUGACCGAGAUUAUUCUUAAGCGAUAG